AUGUUUAAAGACACCUCGACAAAGGUUUUAAACAGUGUUAAGACUAAACAUGCAAUUGAUAAUUUCGCUGUUCGUAAAAAAACGCAAAAGGAUCUUCUGAAAGAAUGGAUUAGUGAACGCAUCACGCAUUUUUGUAAUGUGACAAGUCUUCAUGGUUACAUUCAUACAAUUAAUGAUGAAUAUCGUCCCUUUGAAAGAUGGCUUUGGAUCAUUCUAAGCAUUCUCGCACUUAUUAUUGCUGUAGUUUUGCUGUGGAUUUCAUGGAAUUGGACAUCCGAGACUCCAACAACAACUGUCAUUGAAAGUACUAACUAUCCGACUUACAAUUUACCAUUUCCAGCAGUUACUAUUUGUAGCAUGAAUAAAAUAUCAAAACUUGCAGCUUUGGAGAUUGCUAGCAAAAUGAGAAAACCAUACAACAUAACUGAUGAAGAAUUGGCAUACAAGCUAAGAUUGCUGCUCCAUUUUCGCGGUUCUGGAAAUGCUUCAUUAGAAGAAUAUCGUGAAGUCAGUGAUAUUAUGGAAAUGAACAACGAGAACAUCAAUUAUUUGUUAGAACGUUUAUCACCAAAAUGUAGCGACAUUCUUGAAAGAUGUUCAUGGAAGGGUUCACUUCAACGAUGCGAUGGUCUGUUUCAAGCUGUAAACUCAUCUGAAGGAACUUGCUGUAGCUUCAAUAAUUACGCUUUUCCAAAAUCUAACUACGAUCCGAAGAUGUUAUCAAGUAUUCCACAAAGAGCUCGGAGAGUGACAGCGUGUGGUUACCAAACUGGUCUUACCAUUCUAUUGAAGUCUUUCAAAACUGAUUAUUUUGGAACGGAAAUUGCAGCAGAUGGCUUUCGGAUAAUGAUUCACAAUGCUUAUGAUUAUGCUGAUCCUAACUCUGUCGUAAAACUUGUAGCAGCAAAAACGGAGGCGUUUUUGAGCGUAAAGCCAGAGUCCACCUACUCAACAGAAGAUGUGUACGAUCUACCGCCAGAUAUUCGCAACUGUUUCCAAUACAAUGAACGUGGAAUGGACACUUUUCGACAAUAUUCGUAUGUUAAUUGCAUGGCCGAAUGUCGAAGUGCAAUGAUUAAUGAUCUGUGUGGUUGUGUUCCUUUCAAUUUUCCAAGCAACGGCUCAUACACGAAAUGCAAAAUGACAGAUUUACAAUGUGUUAGAAAAAAUAAAGAUCGUUACGCAGGUUCGACAUUUCAGUUCAAAAACGAUUCAUCAGAAGCAUCACGACUUAUGCGAGACAAAUGUCACUGCUUGCCAGAUUGCACUUUCUUUACUUAUCCAUCUGAGAUCUCGACCGGAACACUUAAUCGCGAUUUCUCAUAUAAUUCAUUGAGUUUCUUCAAAGACACGAAUCUUACCGAUGAGUCACUUGUUCACGUCUUUUUCAAUGAUUUAAUUGCAACACAUUACCGUAAGAAUAUGUACCAAAACUGGUUGAGUGUGCUUGCUAAUUUUGGUGGAAUUCUUGGCUUGUUUCUUGGUUUUUCACUUGUGACUGGUUUCGAACUCAUCUACUUCUUUACAAUUAGAACUUUGUUUGAUAAACUUGCCGUCAAAAUUGAGAUGAGAAAUAAGAAGAAAAAACAGUCUGAGGACGAACAUAAAAUCAUGAAAUAA